CUGGACUUACACCGUGUGUUUUUUUUCCCAAUUUAUUUUGGCCAAAAUAACUUUGAUUUAACUGCUGGACUUCAAUUUUUUGGCCAAAUUUGACUAUAUUGCUGGUCUUACCUCUUUUGAUUUUGUUCAUUUUUUUUGGCAAAAAUUUCCGGCACCUUGUGACUUUUGAUUAAAAUGUAGAUAGGGCGCCCUCAAUUGUUCAUCGAGUCCUCAAAAUGGCAGAAUACAACUCCUGAAUUCCCUUGCACAUGUCGCACUGCCACUGUGACUUUUGUGAGUGCAGAGUGUCAGUUUCUUUGUAUUGCAGAGAAGAAGACGGAGACUCUGGGUUGGGAACAUCAACUACAAAAAAAAGUGACUCCUUGCCCUAGUAGCUGGGAUUGAAUGUUAAAACAAACUGUCAACUGAUCUCGUUUUAAAAAACUUACCUUCGCAAACAUUGGAACCAUGGUUCUCUAUAAGUUUGCUCAAUUUGUGAGGCGACCUCGAAACGCUGUCAUUGUUUGCGGCAUGGUGACAGCUGGCGUGUUCUGCAUUAAGGCAACACCACACGUUUUCCCUGCAAAGGUAUACAGACCUUUUGUAGUAGCAUACAAAGGCGGCCUCGAAAUGCCGCUCUCGACAUCUCAGACAAGUGAAUUCUACGAGGUUUGUAGUCGCAUCGGAGUUAACUCAAAUACCUAUCAUCCUUUUGUCACAAGCAGAUGGGAGAUUGGGAGUCGAGGUUUAGCGUGGCUUCCAAAUGGCGUCCAAUUUGGGCUACCAGCAAUCCUCACCAAUGAUCCCGACCUCUCUGCCAAACGAUUCUCCGAACCAAUCAAAAAGGCAGACAAGGAAGUCAGCGAAUCAUUCCUGAACGCCUUGUGUUUGAGCGAGUCAGCGCGAAAGUUUGCCAUCGCCAGGGAGAUCUUUAAAAUUAAACGCAACGCCACAGCCUUCUUGGUCUUACUGGCCCCGGCCGUUACAGCGGUGAAUUUCUGCGGUGUCUUCGCAGCUCACGUUUUCGUACCACUGCCAUUGAUCACAAACAUUCCUGUGGUUGGCGUUUUCUUUUUUAUCCUUUAUCAGUUCAUGAUGGGAGUUACUAACGAGCGAGAGGAUUUCACAGCGGAUGAGAAAGUGUCGCAGCUUGGUGAGGAGUACGUUCGGGGCGGGGUUGAGUUCUACGAAAAGGCAAUACAGAAGAAUAUAGCGUUGCGGAAGAUAAUGGGGAGGCGGGGUGAGAAGAUGUACACCUAUUACGGGAAUGAGACGGCAGGACUCACGUAUUCAUCGGGAGCCAAUAAUACGCAAAAAAGAGACAAAUUGAAGAAAAAACUUGAAUUCAUCACCAAGGCAAAAGCUGAACUCUAAUGGUUAAACUUUGGUCAUAUUUAAUUGUGUAUGCCUCAUGCAUGAUAUGAAUGACAGCCAAAUUUUCACUGGUCCAUUCACCAUCACGUGCCAGACGCUAUUAUUUUGUCCUGUUUACCAUGUGCGCGUUGAGCAAAGAUAUGCAUACUGUGUAGUAGAUUGUCGCAUUUUGAAAGGACAGGGCCAUUUCCAUUUUCAAAGGGCACUUCCGUUAAAAAACCUGAAAGUCAAUGGAAAGUUUUUGAAGGGGCACCAAGGCCACGACCAAGGGCAACAGAGGCCACGGCCCGAGUGUAAUUCCAGGCCUGGUAGAGUUGGAUUUGAGUUUACCACGUGCUAUUAGACUGAAGGAAGGAAUUUUACCAAAAGAUUUGUGUUUUUAUUUGUUUUGUUUAGACGAUCUUCCCGGGAACACGGCAAACUCCCACAAAGGGGAAAUAAUAUGUAAACACCAAGCUGGUAACAGCCAGUCUCUCUCUUACAAUCAUGGUUUAACAUCUAUAUGAAUAUGAACUGCACAACUAAAGAAAUUGUGUUUCAGUAACUAGACGACAAUACUUUUUCUAGUCAUUGUGAAAACAGCGGUUAGCUGGGGGAUUCGAACCUGCAACCUUGUGAUUGCAAGUCCUGCAGUCUAACCACUGGAACACGGUGACCUAUUGUAAGAUAUAUGUAGUGGGUGUUAAGAAUAACAAUAAAUAACAAGUCCAAAAACUUAAAA